CUGCACACACUCCGAUCUUCCUGAGGAUCUCCAGCGGUCAGCACCGACAGGGCGGAUCUGUACACACCGGGAGCCGGGAGGGAGAAGUCACCGGGGGGGUUGGGAAUUGGAGGAGAAAUCCUCAUUAUUGUUGCUGAAGACAGAGAGGAGUGUCGGGAAUUGUCGGGCGAAGAAGGAUGCUGCCCGUGUUGCUGCUGAUGAGCCUGUUGAUGGGUUCUGUGGAAGUUAAUGCCGCCCCGUUUGAUAAAGGAAGCAGAGAGGAAGAAAUGAUGACACGAUGCAUCAUAGAAGUUCUGUCCAAUGCUUUGGCUAAACCCAAUGCACCACCCAUUGACCAAGAAUGUAAGGAAAUCCUUAGGAAGAGCAACAGACAUAAUCAGGACGAAGAAGAGGGUGAACUGAAACAGUAUGAAACAAGAACUAUAAAGGACCCUGUAGGCCUAGAUAAUCACCAACAUGACAGUAAGGAAGAAGCUAAACAGAGUCCAGAUUUACCAAAAGAAGAAUAUGAAGAGAAGCGGCAUCAUGCAGAAACUGAAAGCAGAGAGGAAAAGGAGGAGGAAAAAUUAAAAGAAACAGAACAAUUUGAUGAAAAAGAAGAAAGCACAGGGCAUUCUAAAGAAAGAGACUUCGCCGAGGGUGAGGACGAUGAUGAAGAAAGAGAUCACAAAGAACAUUAUGAGAAAGAAGACAUGGAAAAAAGAAAUAAAUACCACGAGGACUCACAAGAAUCUUCACAUGACUUUUUAGACAAAAGAGCUCAUCACACAGCUAAACAUACAGAGGAAUUACCAGAAGAAGAAAAUGAGGACGAUGUCAAGAAUUUAGAGGAAAUCCUAAAGAGACAUGCUUUAAGCAAAAACGGCAAGGAACAACUUUUGCAGCCAGAGAAAUUCCAUUCCAUUCACUCCAGUAAAGUUCCAGAAGAAAAUGAUGGAUGGGAAGAAGAAAAAGAAAAAAUAAGCUAUAAACCAAAUCAUGAAGAACUCAUAAAGAGGCUCUUUGAUUAUGAGGAAAGGCAAGGUCAUCACGAAGAACCAAGAAACAAUCUCGCAGACCCAAGGGGACAAAAGCCACACUUUGGAGAAACCUCCAUGGAAAACCACUUGAUUAAAAACUACUUUGACAAGAGGUCCCAUUAUGACAAAGAAAGUUUGGAAGAAGCAAGAGAGAAGAAACACCACCAUCAAGACAGCGAGGAAGAGGCAGAACACCAUGAUAGCAGUGAAGAAAGCAAUGAGAAAGAACGGACUGAUCACCACCAUGAAGAGAAAAAACGACAAGAAGAAAGAAAGAGGUGGCUAAGUCAACAAAACUCCAGACUAAACUACGAAGAAAGCAAUGAAGAUAGCGAAGAGAGCCAGGAAGGUAUUGAUAAGCGUCAUGAGCAUGAACAAGAGAAAGAAAAUUUCUACAGAAAACUAAAAAAUCAUCUCCAAGGGAGUGAAGAGGCUGAGCCAUUUAGACAAGAAAAGAAACAAGAUGAAAAGAGGUACUACAUUGGUGAAGAAAUGGUGGAUGGGAUGAAAAGAUACUACCCAAAGCCGCCUCAAGAAAAAGACUUGAGACAAUACGAGGAAAGUAAAAAUCGCCAUAUUCGAGAAGACAGAGAGGAAUCGAAUAUCCCAGACAUUGACACGUAUACAUGUUUAUGGGGUAAAAAGAAAUUUCUUGAAGAUUUGAGACGUCGGUAUGGUGGGAACAGAAGCGCCGGUAAAAUGCCCAAAUUGGAAGAAAAAAGAGAGUAUGACAGGAUGGAUGAAUUGGCUCAGCUUCUAAAUUACAAGAAAAAGUCUGUUGAGUUUCCAGAUUUCUAUGACUCUGGAGAGAUAAAAAAGCGUCACUACGAUGAGAGAGGGAGAUUCAGAGAGACGCCUUUAACUGAGGAAGAGGAGAAAGAAUUAGAGAACCUGGCAAUUAUGGACAUGGAGUUGCAGAAGAUUGCUGAAAAGCUAAGCAAAAACAGACAAGGCUGAGACACAAUAGACUGCAAUACCUGUAGCUAAAAGCUAUACUAUAUUUAGCUAAAACAUUCCUACAUUUCUUGCCACU